CGAGGCAAGGCACCCAUCGCCUGAGAGGCUUAAAUGGCUGCCCAAUCAAAGGCUGGGUUUGUUGGCUGCUGGGUCCUGGGCUGUCCCGGGGAGUCUCAGUCUGUCUUUUCAGGGAGCAUCUGGACCAAGGUCCCUCUGUCUCCCAAAGGGGUGCUGCCGCUGCCACCUUGGGGAACUGGAGAAGAUGAACUGCUUCUACUUCUCAGUCGUGAUCUGGAAGCACCGCGCUUGGCUACUGGCCACCAUCUUGCUACUUCUGAUGCUGCUCCUUCGACAACUGACCAAAGAAGAGGUUCUCCAUCUCAAUCCGAAGGAAGAAUUAUUGAGUUUGCAGCCAAAGAGUACUUCUACUCACACCCUGGCUGUUCGGCAUGUGGCAGAAAAACCUGUCUCAGAGAAGCCAGGAGAUCUCAACAUUGUCUUCCUGAAGACCCACAAAACAGGCAGCAGCACAGUGCAAAACAUCCUUUUUCGGGCCAGUGAGCGACGCAACCUGACUGUGGCUUUCCCCCUCUACUCCUAUCAGUUUGCUUACCCAGAGCGCUUCUCCAGAGCGUUUGUAGAGGAUAUUCCGCCUGGGGCGACCCACUUUAACCUUCUUUGCAGCCACAUGAGGUUGGAUGUUGGGGAAGUUAGAGCCAUCAUGCCCUCCCGUAGUAUCUUCCUGACCAUCUUACGCCACCCAGUGCAGACUUUUGAGUCUGUCUUCCACUAUUACCUCAACAUGGUGCCUGCCUUCCAGCCAUUGGCUAACCACUCCAGCCCCCUGCUGGCUUUUCUUGAAGCGUCAGCUCAGUACUACAAUGCACAGGACGCCAGCAAUGGUCUGGCCAGAAACCCCAUGGCCUUUGACCUGGGACUGAGUCCAAGGGAGGAAGAAGCAGCCAGUAGUGAGUGGUCCGUGGAGCUGGAGAAGCUCAACCGGACCUUUCAUCUGGUGAUGAUUGCUGAGCAUUUUGACGAGUCUCUUCUCCUGGCACGGGAGUUGUUAGGGCUGAACAUGGAAGAGCUGAUCUAUGUCAAGCUCAAUGUCCGUCAUAAGGAAGGGGAACCUCUCUCGAAGGAACUAGCCCAAAAGAUCCAGGCUUGGAACUGGUUUGAUAUGCAGCUCUACAAGUUUUUCCAAAGGAUUUUGUGGCACAAAGUGGAGCGUUAUGGCUACAUGCGCAUGAAGCGAGAACUGGAUACCUUUCGGGCCUUACUGCGGGAGACUGUGGCCAGGUGCCUGGCAGAAGAUUCAGUUGGACCAGGGGACACAGCUGAUGCCCUGCGGCCUUGGCAGCCGAGCAGUGUCACUAUUUUGGGCUACCGAUUAAAGCAGAACCUCACCUAUGCCCAAUAUAGUAGUUGCUUCCGCCUGGUCUUGCCUGAACUCCAGUAUCAUGCAUAUCUAUACUACAAACAGUAUGGAAAGGACAUGCGCCCACUCCCGACUACAUAGUGAGGGUGCCAGGGAGCUGCUGUUUGGGAGGCUGAGAACAAAUCUUGCUCAUUUGCCAGAUCUUCCACUCCUUGACCAUUGGUGCCGUACCCCUUGGGGAUGAUGACAUUUGAGACUUUGCAAGAUAAACCAGGUUGGGGAUAGAGUCAUUAAAUUAGAAUCUUUUCUCAUAUGGAUGGGGAAAAUGACAGGAAGGACAUCUCAUCAUGUAUGUCAUCUCAUCCCCAUGCAGAGGUGGCCCUAGGUAAUUUUCAACGGUAAGCAAACAGUAUUUUGCCCCCCCCCCCCCCCCCCAACCAAUCAC